GCAGUGAUAGAGGGACGGAGGGGAAGAGAUCUGCAGAUGAAAAGAUAAAGAGAUGGACGAUUUGAUUGCCAUAGAUCGCGUAGCAGAGGAAGAGAGAUAGCAGAGACAGACAGAGCUAGAGAAAAUGAUAUUGCCAGAGGAAAAAAAUAAAAACAACAGAAACUUCUUUUUUUUUUCUUCUUUCAAAAAUUCGCAAAAGGAGACAGUGCCGAGGGGCGGGAAGCGCGCUCUGAGAAGGCGAGUGUGUGUCUGUAUGUGUAUGUGAGUGUGUGUGUGUGUGUGUGCGAGUGUUUUUAUGAAUGAAGUGGUGACUCAGGAUGUGUCAUACCCCCGUCUUUAUAAAGGAAGUUUUAAACAAGCCUAAACAUUUCACUUCGCUAAAAAUUAGACUUACCCUCGCAUCCUUCUCUCUCUCUGUCUCUCCCUCCAUACACCUCUCUGACCCUCGCCGUGUAUCUUUCCAUCCUCACUCGCGUUUGUUAAAACUAAACAACUAUUGGGACUGGACACAGUCAGGUUUUGGUACGGUUUUCUUGUUCUCGUUAUUUCUGCACUUCUGUCAUUCAUUCAUUUUCCUCCUCACCUCACGCUCUUCCUCUGUAAACUACUGUCGCGAGCCGUUCGCGCGGAUACUGAGAGAGAGAGACGAACUUUGGAGCACGUGACAACAUCUGGAGCUUCAUUUAUUUAUUCAUUUUAUACUUUUGUUUAUUUAUUUAUUUAUUUUUCUGCGUAUUUAUUUGCAACAUAUCUGCCUUAUAAAACAAGGACCUGGACAAAUAUGAAAUUGCUGGGUGACUCCUCCUCAUCGCUGCUCCUCUCGCUGCUGUUGGCUCAACUGCAUCUGUUAGCAUCUGCCUUUCCUGCCCACCCCCGGCGGAUCCAAACCGACUUUGACAAGCUGACCAAUCAGACCAGACACCUUCUGAAGCUGACUCAGGAUCUACUGAAGGACCCGGUGUUUAGUGCAGAGAUUGAUCACCACAGGUUCAAGUCUCUUCCAGCGAUCAGCAGCAGAGUCGGUGACCUCACCUCUCUGGAGUUCAAGCCUACUCUUUCUCAGCUCCAUGCGGACUUAAAGUCCUUCGAGCACCAUUUUGAGUGGCUGAACAAAAUAACACGCAAGCAGCAGCACAGCUCAGUACCAAAGUUGACGGACAUGAUCUCCCACAUUAAGAUCCUCAUAAACUCCUUACAGCGUCAGAUGACCAGAGCAGAGGCCCCCCGGAUCCCCAUUCCCUCUCCCUCACUCCCACCUACUCCCGCUUUUCACUGGGAGGUGGUUCAGUCCUCUCAGGAACUCCUGCAGCAGUUCAGGCUCUUCUGUGAUUGGGCCUCACGAGUGUUCCUUACCCUUAAAUCUAGAUUACCAGCAUGAGGAACCUCAAAAUUUUCAAGCAAAAAAAACAUCGGCGGUGAACUCUCCUUUACAAUAUAGCAAAAAUGGCCGGGACUCAUUAUUACAGUCCAGGGAUGGACUGGCCAUAGGGAGCACCGGGACUUUUCCCAGUGGGCUGGGUUGACUAUAGAAAACACUUUUGAUAUUGUCAGACCGGCCCAUCUGAGUGAAAGGAGGAAGGUUGAAUAUUUCAACUUAUUCUCUCCUACCCAUUCACAACCUACUCUUGUUCAGUCUCAUUCCAACCAUAAGCGGAAAUCGCAGGGGGGUCGGGGUGGUCAGGACCUGCCUCAUCUGAGGGUUGCCCCCCCCCCCAAAAAUAUUAUUUAAAAAAAUGCUGUGUAUUGUAAAUAAUAUAAUGAUAUAUAUUUAACAUAAUUGCGUAAGUAGUAAAACAAUACAAACGUAAACAGGGCAAAAAAAAAAAAAGCGUUUUAAGUUUAGAAACAUUUCGAGUCCCCCUUCCCUUGCCUCACAGUGCCUUGGUCCAAGUCAGGUGGGAGAAAACAAAGUUCUUCAGUAGUUGUGGAACUCCAGUAAGUAGGCUGUCAAGGCCAUUUUAUUCACUUUAAACAUUGGAUGAAGUGAUUCUUUUCUCUUUAAAACAGAUGAUGCUGAGACAUUGAUAAAUUAGCCAUGACAAAAAAAUGAUGAUAACCGAUCUAUUUUUCCAAGAGUCCGCUAUAUUAGCGAUUAUAACGUUACCUAUCUUGUUUGGGAGCUUGUUUAAUACUGUAGCUUGUUGGAUAGUAAGUCACCCACUACAACUAACAUAGCAAUAAGCCUAUGUGUGACCUGAUAUUAUGGUAAUAUUGUAGAUCUACCAUUGUGUUUGGUUCUGCUCAAUAUGAUGUUAAGUGGCAGAUCAGUGGGCUUUCUGCAGUUGAAUAUCUAAGUAAGAGACGUUCUCUGUCCCAGACGAAACCUAAAAUACUAUGUGGAGGACGCAAGAUAAUUUAAUACUUAUAAUAUGACAGCGUAGCGAACCUAUAAACCUGACUCAUAUUUAAACAACUAUUGCUUUGUGUUACACAUAUCCUUACAAGUACAAUUUUGGCUGUAUUAUUUGCGUCCGCUUCAAAAAUUGCUCCUAAGAAAUUUUGUUUAUUGUCCCCCAACUAUUAGAUGAAAUUUACCCUCAUGAUUCCAAACACCAUUGAUGUUUGCUUCCAAACCAAGUAUAAGCAUGAAAGUGAAUCUGUGCCUAACACAAUUCAGCGUUUUCAGUCAUGCAUAAUUAUUAAUAUUGCAUAUGGAACCAGGAAGACAACAAUUUUAUUUUAGGAUGUUUUCUAUCAGCUGAAAUGUAGUGCCAUAGAAUUAUGACCUCUCAAAAAAUUAGGUCACAUUAAAUCAUCUGACACCGUAUUGGACAAAAGUGAUAUGAAUCAUGUGAGAAAGAUUUAAACAUCCCCCAAUGCUUUGUGUGAUGUUGUAGUAGGCGAUUGUGGUGGGUUGUGAUGGGCCGUGUAUGUCCCAGGCCCAUUUUUUUAGUCCCAGUCCAUCCCUGUCGCAGUCUGAAGCCUGAUCAGUGAAGGAGUCUGAUCUGAAAAUAACAGUGCACUCCAGUCGACAUCCUGCUUCUGACGCUCCAUUUAACCUUAAACCUUCCUUCGCCUUUCCUUUUUUAUACAAUUCAUUUUUCAGAACUAUUUGUUAUUUAUGUAUUUAUUUAUUUAUUGACUAGUUAUUUAUUUGAUGAUAUUUAUUUGAUUUCUUGAUACACGUCAAUAUUGUCAACAUUCUUUCAUUUGCAAGUCAAGAAGUAAAAUGUACUCUUUCUUAUUUUCCUUUAUUUUUCAGCUUCUAUUGUACCACACACACACACACACACACACACACACACACACACACACACACACACACACGUGACAGCUUCAUUUUUGUCUCUUAUUAAACUGAUUGUAUUUUUAUACAAUUUAAUUUCCUCUUACUGUUACCUAGGUUACAAUUCUCUGCCACUAGAUGUAGCAAAAUUUUGGGAGUGUAAUGUAUAUCAGUGCUGAUUGAGAGGAGUAGCACUGACCUGAACUUUGCUUGUCUUUCUUUUCUGUUGUUGUCUUUAUUUUUUGCACAGCAUAUUGGGGUUUAUAUUGUUUUUUUUGUUUGUUUUUUUAAUUAUUGGUUCUGUGAUUCAGGAACAUGUUUCGAUAAACUUUAUUUCAAGCAAAAAGACAACCUAAGCCUUAAAAUACUAUGUAUUGUGAUACUUUGGUACUGUAAAACUGUACAUACAUGUUCCCGAAUGUAAACUGGUAUAUACAAUGCGUGUAUACGUAUAAUAUUGUUUUCUAUAAUAUAAGUCCAGUGCUCUAUCAAUGUGUUGCAAUAUUAACAUUAUUUUUUCCCUUCCCUCCCUCUUUUUUAGGAUUUUGUUACAGUAUUUACUAUUUAUUGAUAUUAUUAAUAAUUAUAAUUGUUAUUAUGUUCAAAUAAUUUAUUUUCGCUAAUCAGAAGCAAGACUUCUGUCGUGUUUUGUACUUUUAUACUACUCGCCACCAAACAUCUCUGUUUAGGUCUGUUUCUGUGUCUACAUAGACUGAAAGUUGCUACAUGUAUGUGCACUAAAUAUGCAAAAACUGGCUGUGUUCCAUUGUGUGCCUUGUGAGAGAGACAAUAAAGGAAUUUACAUGUA